AUGGCCAGUGUCUUUGUGCGGAAUUUACCAUUUGGCGUAACACAGGAGGAAUUAGAGCCUAUUUUUAGUACUAUUGGACCUACUAAGAAGAUUGAUGUGAUUAAAGAGAAAGGAAAACAAAAGAAUGAAAUACUUACACGUGGAUUUGCCUUUAUAAAGUUUGCAGUUGAGAAUGAUGCAAAAGUAGCUGUUGAGAAGCUCAACAAGACGGACUUUCAAGGCCGUAAAAUGUUCAUUGAUUAUGCAAUUGAAAAGGGUAAACGUCAAAGAGGUGGUGGUGUUGCUACAUCUGUGGCUGCUGAAAAGUCCAAGCAGGAGGAGAAAGUAAAGCAGGAACGAGAGAUAAAGCAAGAGGUGGAGGUCGAGCAAGAGUCAGGUGUGAAGCAGGAACUGGUAGAUGAUGUGCACAUGGAAGACACAGAGCAGACAAAACACGAAAACAAGGAGAAGAAAAAGAAGAAGGAGAAGAAGAUUAAGCAAAAACGAAAGGUGGCAAAGGAAGAACGCUGCGUAGCUAAGACGGAGCUCAAAGUAAACGAUGAGGUGGACAACGAAUCUGCUGACGUUGAGCCACAAGAGAAGAUUAACUCAUGCAAGGUAAAGCAGGAAGCAAAAGUCGAGUCCACGCUUACUCCGGUCGCUAAAGCUUUGGCUAAACCGAGCACGCAGACGACGAAACAUGUGCAGAGUGAUCGCAAUGCGCGCCGCCGACAACAUCGUGAGUUCUUGCGCAACGUAGAGCGCCGCAAGGAGGAGCAGGCAAGCGUUGAGCAAAAGUCUGUGCUUAUAUUUGGCCUGGGCACUCAUGUGACUCAGAAGCAUGUGCUGAAGAAAGUAAAAAAGAUUGGCGCUGUGGAAAAGGUCGAACUCAAAGAAGAGGUUCGAAGUGGCAAAACUUACGCUUUCGUGCAGUUUAAGACCACGCAGGACGCGGCACUGGCUGUGACGAAGCUGGACCAUCACAUAUUUAAGGGCUCAGUUCUGCAAGUGAAGAGUGCAGCUAUGGCUGCUGUGGUCGAUGACCAGAAAACAAUUGGGAAACCGGGUCACCCGAAACUCGCAGCUGAGACAGAAGGGCUGCGUCUUAUUGUGCGCAACUUGGCUUUCCAGACCACAGACGAGGAUCUAGAGAAGCUUUUCGAGAAGCAUGGCCCUCUGUUUGAAGUGCGGAUAGUGCGUAUGCCAGUGGAAGAGGACGAGCUGAAGGGUGACGAGACAGAUAAGAAGGCUACUACUGAACCAGUUCUUGGGCGUAGCCGCGGAUUUGGCUUUGUUCAGUAUCGCGACGUGGCUGAUGCACGUGCUGCUGUAGAGAAGCUAAAUGGAACGAAACUUAAGGGCCGUGAAAUGAUUGUGGAUUUUGCACUAUCUAAGACAAAGUAUCUUGCACAGCAAAAGGAGCAGGCAGACGAGACAGUGGUUUCCGCAGCUGUAGAGAAUGAUGACGAUGAAGAGGAGGUUAAUAGUGGUGACAGAGAUGAAGAUCAGCUUGAGAUGGCCACCGAUGAUGAGACAGAUGCUGGAUCGGACGAUGAAGAAGAAGGGCAUGAGAAAACUGCUACUUUACCUCCGAUAGAAGACACAGAAGCACAACGCGAGCGCACGCUCUUUGUCCGUAACCUGUCCUUCCAGACGACGGAGGCUGGGCUGCGUGAGUUCUUUCAAACUUUUGGGGCUGUUGAGUAUGCGCGCAUCGUUUAUGAAAAGGGAUCAGGCUUGUCGAAGGGAGUUGGGUUUGUACGUCUCGAAUCUGCUGACGUGGCUGCAGAAGUUUUGAAACGGGGUGAACAACCUCAAGUUGACGAUAAAAAGAAGCAUAAGAAGGAAAAGAAGAAGGAAAACCUGUUCACAUUGUCUGCUUUGGCUAGUGGUGGCGACGACGCCUUGACGUUAGACGGACGUCAGCUUAUCCUGUCGCGUGCUGUGUCGAAGACCGAUGCUGAGCAUCUAGCUGACUCCAAUGCUCGUGAGCGUCGUCGUUUAGAUAAGCGUAACUUGUAUCUAGCGUAUGAAGGCACACUCAACGUGAACAAGAUGGCGGAUGCCGAGCUGGAGUUGCCGAAGAUGGACAUUGACAAACGUCGACGCGCCAUCCGCGAGAAGAAGCUGAAGUUGCAGAACCCGAUGUACUUUGUGUCUCCCGUCCGUCUUUCAGUGCGUAAUUUGUCCACAGUGCUGGACGAUCGCAACUUGAAGAAGCUUUUCCAUGAUGCAGCGAACGCUGGUAUGUUUUCCGGGAUUGUGGACCGCUCAGAGAUUAAGCCAGAGCUGCUGCCGAAGGGUGGAAACCCUACGGUGAAGGUUCGUAUGGCCAAGGUGGUGCGCGACAUGGAAUCAGCGAAAGCUGGUAAGGACCCGCGGUCACGUGGCUACGGUUUUGUCGAGUUUUCAGAGCAUUUGCAUGCAUUAGCUGCUCUGCGUGUUCUGAACAACAACCCCAAGUACACAUCGUACGCUGCUGGCCGGGUGGCUACUUCUGGUGCUUCCGAUAGCUCAAAAUCGCGCCUUAUUGUGGAAUUUGCGCUAGAAAACCACGGUAAGCUGAAGCUGCGUGAGAAGCGUGCGGCUGACUCUGCCAAAAAGCGCGAAGAAGAGCGUGCGCUGAAGGAAGCACAAGGCAAGGACGGUGAAGAUGCUGAAAAGACGAAGAAAAGUCGUGGUCAACGUCAGCGUGAGAAGAAGAAACUGCGUGCUUUGGCUAAGGCCGACACUAAGGUGGAAACGGAGGAUGGACAGAAGAAGCCCAAGAAAGCAAGUAAGGUAGCCAAGGAAGUAAAGCAGCAGCCGAAAAAGCGGAAACGCGCUGAGGUUUUACCUGACGAUGUUGAGGAUGAUGCACUCGCCUCUCUAGAGACGGCUCAUAUUGCGAAGAAGGGUAAGGCGUUGUCUCGCAGCCAGCGCAAGAACAUUAAAGAGAUCGAAAAGGACAAGUCGUUUGAAGAGAUGGUGCAAAGUUACAAGAAGGAGAUUUUCGGCGAAAAGCCUGUGGCGGAAGGUGUGUCCAAGGAGGAUGAAAGCAUGAAGAGCGCCGAGCGUUGGUUUGACUAG